GAUACCGCGCUGACUACAAAGUAGAUCGUGUGAAUAAGCGUAUCGAUAAUACAAACAGUAUUUAUUCUAUACAGCGGGUUAAUAUACAGAGGACACCAUUGAAUCGUUCAUAGCUCAUGUGGACAGAGUUACACAUCGGGAGACGAACUUCCUCGGGUUUUGCUUUCUUGUUUUAACAUUCUACAUGAACAUUCAGCUUGAAGGAAGCAGCUUGUCUAUUCUGGUAACCUAGACCGGAAGUAUAUGGGCAGCCAUGUAUUUCACAUUACCAGUCAUCAAAGAUUAUCAACGUAAAUUGUAUUUGAUACUGGCGCUACUCUUAGCAGGCUGUAUAAUAGUUAGUAUGCUGUUUUACCGUGAUUUACACCCAUCUCGAGCAUCAGAACAAAGGCCAAGAAUGUUAUACAAGACAACUAAUAAUGUGACUAAAAAAAAACCUUCCCCCAGAUAUAGCGUGUGUGUGAUAUUCAAGCAACGUCUCGGCAACAACAUGUUCCAGUAUGCUUCUAGUUUUGGAAUAGCUGCCAGCAAAAGUAUGUCACUGACAAUUUCAAAAAAAGGAGAGUUCCAAAAAAUAUUUAAAGUUUCAGCCUUAUUUCGAUCGGAUUCAUUCAUUGAGACCCACUGUGUAAAAAGGCAUGAGAAACAUGCAAGUGCCUAUGACGAGGACCUUGUUGAUUUUGCAAACAAUAACAAUUAUGCACUGAUGAUGUAUCUCCAAUCCUGGAAAUAUUUUAUCAAAGAAGAGAAAGCUCUCCGAAAGGAGUUUACAUUCACAGAAAAAGUUCAAAUAAAGCGAGACAAAGUAAUUUCGACGAUAUUACGAAAACAUAACCACACAUCACAAAAUGACGUGACCUUUAUUGGUAUUCAUAUAAGGAGAUCCGACAGACCGCAACCAAACAGACGUAGUCAAAGGACGUUUGCAACAGCCGCGUAUCUAAAUCAAUCAGUCCAUCAUUUUCUUUCAAAACACCUUACGAAUACUAUAUUCCUUGUGUGCUCCAGUAGAAUUGACUGGUCAAGGAGGAAUAUGCCUAAAAACAUUGCAGUGGAGUAUAUAACGGGUAACUCUGCUGCAGUAGAUCUAGCUAUUCUAGGAUCAUGUGACCACAUGAUUAGCACCACGGGGACGUUCGGCUGGUGGGCUGGAUGGCUGACCGGAGGAGAGGUGGUGUACUUUAAGUGGCCUGCUAGAGAAGGAACUGAAUACAGACAAGUAUUUGACGCCAAUUAUACGGAUUUCUUUUACCCUGGCUGGGUGGGGUUUCAAUGAACUUAUAACACUAUGCAGCGUGGUUCUAGAGAUUAACGCCAGGCUAUUACAGAUAGUACGCUACCCAAACUAGUAUAUGACCAGAGAUAUCGCGUACAU